GCUCUGGGGAGCAGGGCUGUGGUACCAGACGAUGCUGGUGUGGUGUGGCCCAGCCCAGCCCAAGGAGUCCUCCGGGACUCAUUUUUAGGGGUUUAAUAACCAGGCUUGUCUGGCUUGAUUGAGAAGAUGCUUGUUCAGGCUUGGCGUGAUCUCAGAGAAAACUAAAGCUGGUGGAAGGAGAGGGCUUUGUACAUGUGCUGCUCAUAUGUGUGUGGAGAAAGCGAUAACCCUGCUUCUUCCUGGAGGGAAAAUAACUGGGGAGAUGGGAGAGAAGCCCUCCGUUAUGCUGAGACUGCACGGUGUAGUAACAUGUGUGAGUGGCAGUGGGAAACGUCCCUGCAGCGCUGUGGGGACACUUGUAUCUGUGGACAGAAAAUAUGGCCCAUCAGGAAAAUAACUUCUGGCUUCUUAGAUGUGCUACUGCCUGCUCACAAACACACCGAUAUGAUUACUAAAUAAUGUAGGUAAUCUAGAAAAUGCAGUUCUUGUGUACAGUGUCAUCGCAAUGAUAUGCGGUCACGGUGUUGGGGCAAGUAUCUGCUAAAACUGUGACGUACAGCAUCAGAGUAAGGCAAACACUGCUGCUGCAGGAUGUGUUGGAGGUGAUGUGUGGCAGGUGAGGACAGGACCCAGAUUAUUCCAGACCCAUCUUGUCUGCCCUAGCAGUGUUAAUUAGCAUUGUAAAAUGUCUGCCUGGCUGUUAGGUUAACUACAAACAUAUUUGUUACGGCAAAUUAGACUGUGCUAACUGAUGUGAAUUUGCCUUACCUACCUAAGCAAAAGGAGAGCUUCUUGCUGAGGGCACCAGCCCAGAACCAAGAGAAGCUGGAGUCUGAUUCCUUGCCUCAAAUUGACCCUGAGCACAGCCUGUAGCCUCUGUGUCUUGUCUUUUACUGCCUGGAAAUACAGCUUGUAACACGGCCUGUCAGGGAAGGGCCACUGAGUAAUGGGGAACAAGUGUCGAGGUGGUGAAGUAGGAGGUUGCUGCAGCACAAGGGCUGGAUCGAGGUCAGCUUCUGAGAUCCCUGGAGUGCCUGAAGUUUUCUCUUUUCUCAGAAAAACUCCUCACCCUUGCUGUUGUUACUGAGAAGGGAUUUGUAUUAAUAGUAGAAACAGCAUUUCUGAUAUCAGUGACAGUCCUCUAUCUUAGAAUAGACAGCAAUAUUUAUUCUUGGCUCUUCAGUGAUCUGAUAGUGAAAAGGCUUGGCAUUAUAUUAAGAAACACUGACAAAGCGAAGCCUUCACGUUAAAGCUGUAACUGGGGUUUGUUCAAGGAUGGAUGGGAAAUUAAAACAGCUUAAAUCAUUUCUGUAAUGUCAAUUAACAGGGCACUUUGCUCCUCCAAAAAAAUAAAAAUAAAAAAAAAUCAUUGACCCUCAAGGUCUUCAUUAUUAGAUGUGCAACGUGAAACGUGUUCUGCUGAUGUGCCGGUAUCGAUGUUCACCCAAAUUAGUUCCCAGUAAAUUAACCCCUAACCUGGCAAGUUCCAACCAGGGCUGCAAACCUCUCUUUGGGCAUCAAAGUUGCACUUGGAAAUCAUGUCCUAAAGUGUGGCAUGCGACUUGCCCUGUGUUCCUUGGCAGAAGUGGGAGAAAAAGCUGCUUGUCUCUCAGGAACUGUGCUAGCGUGAGAUGAUGCUGAGUGUAUUAUAUGCAGCUGUGGUUUGUCUGCUGGUUAUAUCCAGUGGCUGAGGAGGAAUCAACAGAUCUUGACAGGUUGCUGCAAAAAAAUCUUGUCCAAAAAAGAAGACCCCCAAAUCCCUAACUCUUUCCUUGUCUUACAGGUGAGCCUUGAGGACAGCUGAGAGGCACCAUAACUCCUAAAUGCAAGAGCUUCCCCUGGGAUUAGAAGAGCAGCCAUGGGAAAAGACAAGAAAAAAGAGGAGGCUGUCUUUCUGAGGAAAAAGAUAACUUUGCUGAGGGCAUUCUCACUUCUCAUCGGCAGCAUGGUUGGCAGCGGAAUCUUUAUCUCCCCGAAAGGAGUGCUGAAAAACUCGGGCACUGUGGGCUUCUCCCUGGUGGUCUGGUUUGCCUGCGGGCUCCUCUCAAUGUUUGGUGCCUUGUGUUAUGCAGAGCUUGGAACAAGGAUCACCAAGUCUGGAGGACAUUAUAUCUACAUUUUGGAGACAUUAGGGCCUCUACCAAGUUUCUUAUUUCUGUGGGCUGAGUUUUUUGCUAUCAGGCCUGCCAACAGCGCCGUGGUUUCGCUGGCGUUCGGGCGCUACCUGCUGGAGCCUUUUUUUGCCCCCUGUGCAGCCCCUGUUCCUGCUGUGAAGCUCGUCUCUCUCCUGGGGUACUACGCGGUCCUCACCCUCAACUCCUGGAGCGUCUCCUGGAGCUCCCGGCUGCAGACAGCCCUCUCCAUCAUCAAGCUGCUGGCGCUCGCGCUCAUCAUCGUGCCGGGCAUGAUGCUGCUGGCCCAGGGCCACACUGAAAACUUCCAGGAUGCUUUUGACAAGCAGUCGCUGGUCCCAGACAAGCUGCCCUUGGCUUUUUACGCGGGCAUGUUCGCCUACUCAGGCUGGUUUCAGACCAGCUUUGUGCGGGAGGAGUUGGUCAGACCUGAACGAAACAUUCCCUUGGCUGUCAUUGUGUCUGUGAUCACCGUCAUUGUGGGGUAUAUGCUCACCAAUGUCUCCUAUUACACUGUCCUGGGAACACAAGAUGUUCUGGCUUCUCCAGCUGUGGCUGUGAGUUUUGUGCAGCGGGCCUGCAGAAGCCUUAUCUCAGUAGUCCCAGUCCUUGUUGCUCUGUCCUGCUUUGGAACCAUGAAUGGAGGAAUCCUCACGUUUUCAAGGACCCUGUUUGUGGCUUCCAGGGAAGGGCAGUGGCCUCCUCUCUUCUCCAUGAUCCACAUUCGAAGACAUACUCCCCUUCCUGCUGUCAUGUUAAUGUUCCCUUUGGUUACUACCAUGGUGUGUAUCGGAGAUAUCUACCAUCUAAUGAACUUCUUCAGCUUUUCCCGAUGGCUCUUCAUAGGAUUAGCCACCCUCGGGCUCAUUGUCCAUCGCUGCCGUCACCCCGAGCUGCAGAGCCCGUUCAAGGUCCCCCUCUUCAUUCCUGUCUCUUUCACCAUCAUCUGCCUCUUCACAGUGGCAAUGUCCUUCUACUCGGACCCUGUAAACAUUAGCAUUGGAUGCACCAUGGUGUUAAGUGGCUUUCCAGUCUACUACCUCGUAAUCCACAGGCAAAUGUCAAACCGUUGCCGUAGCCUGCUUUAUUAUGUUACGCAGAAGCUGCAGUUACUGCUGGAAGUAGUUCAACAAGAAAUCAAGACGUACUGAGGAAACCAUCAGAAAUUACAGGAGGAGAUGAAAUCUACUUAAACCAUUUCUGAUACCUUUGAUCCUACAAAAAGCAGGCCACGCUCUUAUUCUUUUAAUCAGUGCAAAUGAGGAUGAGCCUGAGCCAAAACGUUGCUGCAAGCAGUCCUAAGCUUGCCAGUCAGGAUCUGGAUGAGCCUGUCACAUCUGCUUCUGCCCUUUCCUUUUUUAUCAGAACAAUCUAGUUCUUUUGAACGAGCUUUCUUUGCCUGCAAAGUGUCUUUGAAGAAAAGAUCCUAAUUUUGUGGCCCAGCCCAGUCCUCAGCAAAAUGUAUACUAUUUUUAAUUUCUGAACUUGGCAAACAGGGGAAGAGAUCCUACUACAGAACUGCUGAAGAGCCCAGCCACAUGGAAACCAAACACAGGUUUCAAACUGAAGCUUUGUAGCAGUCAAGGGAAAGGGUGCUGUGGAGAAGCUUUAUAAAGGGAAAUGGAUGAGGAGAGCAAUUUAAAGAUAAAGUAGAUGAACUGGAAAGUGGGAGGUGGGAGGCUAAAACUUCAUUCACCAGGAAGAGCAAAUCAUUAACAAAGAAAAGUCAGAAUGUUUUGCUUUGAUAAUUGUAUAAGGAAAAUAAGUUUAUUUUGCUUAUACAAUAAUGUUUCAAUUUUGAAUUCUAUUUUUCUGAAAUGAUGUUUCAAAAUGUACUGACACAGUAAAAAAAAAAAAAAAAAUACCUACAAGAACAGGACAGAAUAAAUUUUGAUUCCUCACCCGGUACUACUAGUGAGGUUAAAAAUUGAGAUUUUGGCCCAACUGGCCCAGUGAAAUAGAGUCCUCCUGCAGGAGGACAAUAUCGCUGAUGAGUCUUGGGCAGAUUCCUUUGUAAGCACAUCUUUUGGUGCUGUAAGAAGACAUCCAGGACUUCAUGUCUGAGCUUUAACUUUAAAUCUACAGUCAAAUGACUUGCUGAAUCGAUACAUAAAUGCUCACAUGAACCAUUGUCAUCAGAAAUGUUUCUGUUGUUGGGUUAUUUUGGAUUACAUUAUUAAUGUUGCAAAGUUAGGUCCAGAUAAAGGAGCAAUUAACUAUUUCCAAUCAAGUGUUAAUCUUUUCCUAAAAGAUGGAAGUAGCAUACAGGGCUUUGCCUGAUGGCCCCUGAAGAGAGGAAGAGCAGAAUGUGAAGCAUUUUUAACUUUUUGUAUCAAGCAUUUAUGUACUUAGAAAACUAAGUAGCAGUUACAAAACCAAUGUAAUCUACCAAAACUUGUAAAAUGCACUAUCAAGAUUUGGAAAUAAAUAAUUAGGUCUUUUUUUUUU